AUGGCAGAUGUAUCUUCGGUGGCCAUAGGCAUCAACAGGCCUUUGUCGUCCUGUGGGCUCGAAUCGCCAUCAUCAAAUGCUUCCACACCGCCCGAAGGCGUGCUUGUCUCGGGAUCUGGAAUGCUGCUAUCACCACCACAUGCUCCAGAGUUUGCAUGUGAUGUGGAAUUUUCGCACUCAAACCUAGCGCUGUCCCCUGAAGAUCAGGACUCAUUGGACUCGCAUGACCAAGAUAAGGAGACAAUAACGUCAAACCAUCAGCCUAGGUCCACACCCCCACUUCUGAAUCCUGCAUCUGUCCAUCUACAAUCUGAAAAGAAAGGCUCAAAACGAGCCAACAGUGUUUCCUCAGAUGCUGAACGAGGGCGGUUUAAGCCCAGAUUAAAUGCGCCGUUGUUUGCAGCCGGACCCCUCGAUGAUGGGGUGAUUGAAGGCGAUGACGCAUUACACUCGAGUUACAGAUCUGGUGUUUCUCAUACAUCCGAUACCGAAGCAGAAGGUAAUUUCUCGCCAGCUACCUCUUGGCGAUAUGGACUCAAGCAUUCUGGGUUCAAGACCGACAAUUCGAUAAAAAUCAUUUCGGCAAAUGAGGCGUGCGAGAUCAUCAAGGCGCACUACUCGUCAGAGAUGCCGGAGGUGGAGAAGAUGUUCCCUUGGCUUCAUGGGAUGUCGCGCAAGAAUUUCGCGCAGUUAAGAUUUCUCAAAGGGAAGUCCUGGGACGAUACUGUUUCUGAUCUGCCUGUAAACUGCAAAAAGAGCCUUACUGUGGUGCAAUCGUGCACAGGCGGAGUCACUUUCGCGGAUACAGGUAAACAGGUGAUCAAGGGUGCUGUUUCGGCAAAUGAGAUACUCACCUGCGAAAUGGGAUCCAAUUUGGAAUACACUCUUGCCGAAGUGAUGACAUAUCUUGACAGUGAUCAAAUGUCGUACGACCAGCUACUUUCUGAUUGCAUCAAAACAGGACUUCUACCUGUAUUCCAAGAUCUCGAUCCUCCGAUGGGUGUUUCUCUGCGAAACUUUCACAUCCAAGUCGCCAAACUGGGUCUUUUGUCGGAUUUCAUAGUGUAUUGUACCUGCUCGGACCAUACUGUGGAUGUCGCCAACUCGAGAUCAACUCCAGUCGAAUCAUGCAGGUGUGCUCCUAUAUCCAGAUUGUUGCAUGUUGCCCAAAUAAGACAGGCUCGCAUAGCUGUUUGUGAAUAUCUGAACGAGGAACUUGGGUCAAAGACAAUGAGGGCUGUGAACACAUACGACACGAUGAUCGUGAAGGAUGUCAAUAUGAAGGCUUUCGCUGCGGAAAACCUGCUCUCUUUAUCGUGGCAACCAUCCUCGUUGAAUGAGAAGUCUAUUGAGUCGUCUGGUUACGACAAAAAGGUGUUCGAGGACUGGGAGUCGAAUUAUAUAUACAGGGAGAAGCUGGAGAUUUCAAAGAUGUCUAGGGCAACAUAUGUGUCUUCAAAUGUCUGGUUUGGAAACUCUGCCGAUUUUGAGAGUUUCAAGGAUGCCUUAUCCCAUAAUUCAAAGUCGUUCUUCACCGGGAAAGUUUCCCCAGGAUUUCACAAUCCUCCUCUUCAUUGUGAUCCUACUAACACUAUAGUUAAUCUCACAAAAACGGAUGUGGAGUCUUUGGAACCUCAGGCUUUAGACGAUCUUUUGAGAUCAGAUGCCAACCAGCGGUGGGGGCUAUGCAUCCAUUGUGGUGAAGGCUUCAAGUUCCCAAAAGUGUCUGACCUCGAGGGUCUGUUCGAUCAAGAUAAUGGUGACUCUACCUAUAUCGAAUUUCCGUCAUCGGGUUCAGUCAGUCUGGGAGAUUGUACUGACGGGGAUCUGUGUUCGUUGAUCAACGUUUGCAAGUUGUUGUACUACAAGUGUUCGCUGAGCUCCUCUUCUCCAGGUUUGAUCUUUUGUUUUGAUGGCUAUACUGAAACCUCUUUGUUGGGCAUUUGUUUUCUAAUCUAUGCCGAGAAUAUGAGAGUUGACGAUGCAAUUGUCAAACUACACAAACAAUACGGCAGGCCGGUGUUCCUUUUCAAGACAGAUUACCUGUUUUUGACCAGAGUGGAGUCUUUGUUGAGGAAAUUUUCUCCGUAUGGCCAGACAAUGGAAGAACAGUGUGCCAAUAUGAAGGCAGAGAAGAUUGAUAGCUACGUUAUUUCAUCUGUGCUGCUUGCACCAUCCAAAAACAAUGUCGGGAUUUCAUAUGGUGAUAUGGAAAACUCGGUCUCUAAUUCGUUUGAUCGAAGGGCGGACUUGUAUGGUCCCAAGGUUCAGCACUCCACUGUGGAAGUGGAAUCUGGAUCUGAGAGCAGCAGCAAUGAGGAGGAUGUUGGAUGUUGUGCAAGCGUAUAUGGCUCGCUUCCGUCCAGAAUCCUACCUCAUCUUUACCUAGGGAGUCUAGUGCAUGCUGCCAACCUCGAUCUUCUCAAUGAGCUUGGUAUCACCAGGGUUGUCAGUGUCGGCGAGUGUAUACCUUGGGUGGACGAUCUCUCAUUCAGUGCCAGCCUUACCCCGUCUAACUGUGAAAUUCUGACUGUUGAACCAUAUCAGAGGACUUCUACAGGUAGGCUUUGCCAGGUGAAACAGGUGAUGGGAAUAGGGAAUAUAAACGAUGACGGAAUCGGCACUUUGACCACUACCAUCAACGAUGCCCUGGACUUUAUUCAACAGGCAUAUGCUAAUAAUGAGAAGGUGCUUGUUCAUUGUCAAGUGGGUGUUUCGAGGUCCGCCACAGUUUGUAUUGCUGAAACGAUGAAGAGGUUGAAUAUCAGUUUACCACGAGCCUACCUGUAUGUUAGAGUCAGGAGGCUUAAUGUGAUUAUUCAACCUAACUUGAAGCUCAUGUAUGAACUAUUCAAAUGGGAAGAGACCUUUGUCAAGUCCAAACGUGACCUUGCUGAGAAAAGGCGCAAGAGUGUUGCUUCUACUGUCAGUAAUGCUUCAAUUUUCUCUCAGCCAGUUGAUAGAAAGGCUUCGAUAGCCACUAGUUUUGGGUCGAUUUCUUCAAUCGCUCCACGCAGAUCUGUUGUUCGAUCUCGCAAAAUUAGUAACGACGAGGGAAAGCCCAUCAAGGAAGAAAGUGCCUUGAUGAGUGAAGAUGACGAAAGUGAUGCUGGCUUCGUGAAGAUGACGGAAAGUGAAACCAUAUCCAGCGUGGAAACGGUACCCCAUUCCACAGCAAGAUCAAUGGUUACAUUCAACACAGAAUCAUUUAGUACUCCUGCACUUGGCUUUGAAGACUCCAAGGACGAUUUUUCAAAAUUAUCUGCCGGUAUGAAGUUUGAUAAUGACGCUGACUACGAUAUUGCCUACGACACUGGGGAUACUAUAAUCAGCAAUAACCCUUCGUUUCUGAGGGAGGUUGACUGGAAUAUUCUUUGCCGUGAGAUUCACAAACUUAACAAGGCAUAUAUUUACAGUGCCUAG